CUUAUAUUUUUCAUCUAUAGUGCAACUUCUUCUCAUAUCAAAACAUGGCUCCUGGUUCUGGUUCAAGAAAAAAGAAAGCUUCUAGUUCAAAUGUGGCUUCUGGUAGUGGCAUUUCUUGUGGAGAAACUACAAUAGUUUCACCAACAAGAAUUCACAACGCAACUAUAGUCUGGCUUCAUGACAUCGGGAUGAAUGACCAAGACUCAGCUACAUUUGUACGUAAAUUGAAUCUUCCAAAUGUAAAAUGGAUUUGUCCGACUGCUCCAACACGUCCCGUUACUUUCUUGUGUGGAACCCAAACUACUGCUUGGUGCGAUAUCACGGGAAUUUCUGAGAAUAUGGAAGACGAUAUGGUUUCUUUCAAUUCUACAGCUGCGUUUGUUGUUAACCUUCUCAAAGAUGAACCAGGCAAUGUCAUGAUAGGAGUAGGAGGUAUCGGCAUGGGUGCAGCGGUAGCUCUCUACUCUGCAAGUGCAACUUGUUAUAUCACUGGACGGGAGCAAACCAUAGGACGACUAAGAACUAUUGUAGGGAUCAACGGAUGGCUUCCUGCUUGGAGAUGCUUCCACCGCAACCCAUAUCUUGCACCAUCUGUACAAAUCUUACUUACACAUGGAAUUUCUGAUGUUAUAGUUCCUUUCCAAGUUGGAAACAGAUGUUUUGACACUCUUCGCAGGGCUGGAUUUCCAGUCACAUUCACACCAUACGAAGGGGAUCAUCAUGCAAACGUUCCCCAAGUAAUCAAUGGUGUUCGCAUGUGGCUCACAAUGAACCUCCAGCUCUAGGGUCAAUUCUCACCAGUGCAUAGAGAAAGGAAUUGGAGAGUAAAACUAUUAUUCAAUAUACUAUACAUAUAUAAUAGCAUAUUUCAUUUUUAUUAAAUUUCAUUUUAUUUGUUCAUAAUCAAUAAUAUAUAUGCAUUGUAUUCUUUCUUGGGAACCUUUUAAAAACUUAAAUUUAUUUCUCCAUUUUAGGAUAUAAGUUAUCUACUAUUUUAUGUAAAAUCUGGCAUAUUAAUUUCUCAAUGCUCCUUUCCAUUCUCAUUGUUACUAUUAUGUUUGGCAUGCAUCUUACUGAAGCUAGCUACAAUGUAAGUCUUUAUCUCCUUUGUAUGAAGUUCAAACAUCUUAUUCUCUUAGGCAAUGUUUCAUUCACUUCAUCAUAAAGGUCUAUGACAAGAAGGGAGCAGAAGGCCAAGAGGAGAUAAUAAAGGCUUUGGAGUUUUAUGCUUAAUUCUAUAGGCAUCGUUUCUCUUUGGGAUUAUUUUGGCUUGUUUUUUUUUUCUUUCAAUUUAAUCAUGUGCCCUUUUAAUAGAUGGACAUUUUUUUCCUUGUGAGUUAAGGGCAAAUUAUAUGAGCUGAUCAGUUUUAAGCGUAUUAUAUUAAAUGAAUUAAAUUUUUUUU